UCAAUCAACAGGGAGUCCAAUAAUAGAGUUGGACUUCAGCCUCCAUGUGAAAAAAAUUAGUUUGUCCCCCUAUCCCGGCCCACCCCCAUAGUAAUUAGAAAUUCUAGUUCCACUUCUAGCCAGCCUCCAUCCUUUUAAAAGAACUCGAAUCCCUUAAUUCUCUGAACAGAGGGAGCAAUGGUUUUCCGUAGGAUGCUCUUGUACGUGGCAUGUGUUGUUGUGAUGUUAUCGAAAAAUGGCAGCAGCAGUAGUAGCAACUUCAUUAGCCAAGCCAAACUGCCAGCACCGGUGUGGAGAUGUUGACAUCCCUUUUCCAUUUGGCACAUCGAAAAAUUGCUCCCAUAAUGAUGAUUAUUUUAUCAAUUGUAGCAAUUCCAAACCAGUGUCGGGAAAUAUUGAAGUCACCAACAUUUCCAUCCAAGGCGAGCUUGAAGUCUUGGUGUUUAUAGCCCAUCAAUAUUACGAAAAUUCGAGUGCUGUACCUGUGCUUAACACCGCGCUCGAUUUCAGCUUGAUCCCCACUUAUACAAUUUCCAACACCAAAAAUAAAUUUGUGGCCAUCGGCUGUGACACUUACGCCUUCCAUGGUUACCAGAUCGGCGAAUUCUUCUCCAUAGGCUGCACCUCUACUUGUCAAAGUCUUAGAAAUGUCGUCAACGGAUCUUGCUCUGGAAUUGGGUGUUGCCAGGUUGACAUUCCGAAAGGAUUGAUCAAGAACUUUACUUUGGAUGCUCUUAGCUAUAACAAUCACACAAAGGUCUCUGGUUUCAAUCCAUGCAGCUUUGCUUUUGUGGCUAAACAAGACAAGUUCAAUUUCUCCUCUGAUUUUCUUGCAAAACUGCCAGCUGACAUAGAUGUUACUUUUCCAAUGGUUCUUGAUUGGGCAAUCGGUAAUGAAACAUGUAAAACUGCUCGGAGCAAGCCGGGUUACCUUUGUGGACGGAACAGCGCAUGCUAUGAUCCCGAAAACGGUGAUGGGUACCUUUGCAAGUGCAAAGAAGGUUAUGACGGAAACCCAUACCUCCAUGAUGGAUGCCAAGAUAUUAAUGAGUGCCUGCAAGUUCGAAAACCUUGCAAUGCUACAGCAAACUGCAUCAACCCUGAAGGGAAUUUCACAUGUACUUGUCGCGACGGAUACGAAGGCGAUGGAAAUAUUAACGGAACAGGUUGCGGUCGGCCUAAAGCCAGCGGCAGCCAUGCGAAAACCAUUAUUAUUGCACUAAUUGCUAUCAGCAUUGGACUCUUAGGAUUGUUUGUGGGAGCUUCUUCAAUAUAUUGUGGACUUAAAAGAAGAAAACUCAUCAAGUUAAAAGAGAAAUUCUUCGAACAAAAUGGUGGCUUGUCGUUGCAACAAAAACUCUCAAAUGAUAGAACUAGUUCCAUGGAGAUUGCCAAAAUCUUUAGUGCGGAAGAACUUGAAAAAGCUACAAAAAAUUACGAUGAGAGUAGAGUACUUGGUCAAGGAAGCUAUGGAACUGUUUAUAGAGGAGUCUUACCAGAUAAUAAAAUGGUCGCCAUUAAAAAAUCAAAACUUGGUGAUCAGAGCCAAAUUGAGCAGUUCAUAAAUGAGGUGAUUGUGCUUACUCAAAUUAACCAUAGAAACGUGGUUAAGCUAUUAGGUUGCUGUCUAGAAACAGAAGUGCCAUUACUAGUUUAUGAAUUCAUCACAAAUGGAACUCUUUCAGCCCACAUUCAUGAUAAAGUCCUAUCAUCCUCACUCUCAUGGAGAAAGCGUUUGAAGAUAGCUGCAGAUACUGCAGGAGCACUUGCAUACUUGCAUUUUUCGACUUCCAUGCCAAUUAUACACGGGGAUGUUAAACCUGGAAAUAUACUUUUGGAUGAUAACUAUUCACCAAAGGUGUCUGACUUUGGAACUUCAAGAUUGGUCCCACUAGAUCAAACACAAUUAACUACUUUGGUGAAAGGAACUUUCGGAUACUUAGACCCAGAAUACUUCCAUAGCAGUCAACUUACAAAAAAAAGUGAUGUCUACAGCUUUGGGGUUGUUGUGGCAGAGUUAUUGACUGGUAAGAAAGCAAUUUCUUUUGAUAAGCCUGAAAGCGAUAGAAGUUUGGCAGUAAUCUUUAAUUCUACAGUAAAAGAGGAUCGCUUACAUCAAAUUCUUGAAGACCAUAUUGUAAGCGAUAGUAAUAUUAAUGAGAUAAACGAAGUUGCUAAGCUUGUAAUGCAGUGCUUAAGUGUAAGAGGAGAAGAUAGGCCAAAUAAGAAGGAAGUGGCAAUGGAGCUAGAGGGGUUGCGAAGUAUGGAUCAAAAGCAUCAAUGGGAUAAGGUUGAUCUCUAUACAGAAGAGACUGAAUGCUGUGCCACUCCACCUGCAUAGUACUCUUUCAGCAUUAAUGGUGUCGAUAAUGGUUGUUCUUCAACCAGCACAACAAUGGGUACGUCUGAAAGUAUGAGAAUCCAAUUAAGUCUUGAAACCAAUAAUAUUGAAUGAUGGUAGAUGAUCUUGAAACCAAGUCAGUUGCUUAUAUAUACGCUCUGGCGCUUCAUUUUCAUGUCUAAUAUAUAUAAUGUCUUCUUGCUACCUUCCCUUUUUUUGUCAUAAAGCUUCAAUGCUAUUAGAUCAUCAUGUACCUCGAAAUUAAAUGUUUUAAAUGAUGUUGUAAUGUUGUCAUCUUUCAUUCUGUUUUUGUGAUCUAUAACAAUUAAGAGCACCUUAUUGA